UCUCAUGAACAUAUCUUGCUCUGAUUCUCCAGAUGUUCUUUCAAAGAAGCGCACAGAGUAGAUUCCAAAAUUUCAUAGAUAUUUCUGUGCAAGGAUAUCCUCACUCUUGGGACUGGAGAAAUAUUAAACCCAUUAGGGUUCAGGAUAGUUUAUGCUUUCGAACUUUUGUUAGGAUUCCUCAGAAUAAUCUAUGGCACAUCUUCGGUCGGGUUAAGAGUCAGCAAUUCUUUAUGAAUGAAAUGUAAGCUUAUAGAGGUUCUCGCAAAUGGUCUAUGCUCUUAUUAUGUCUAUUUUUAGAAUCAAUAUUUUAUGCAGGUAUUCAAGGAAAAUAAAGGAUUUAGACAAUUGUCCGUGAAGUCCAACAUUGUUAGCAUAUUUUAGAUUUGAGAGGAGAUAAAAUAAGGCAGAAUUGUCAUCCUUGAAGGAACAACCUUUU